ACGUCCUCCUUCAAUUCUUUUUGCCCCACUCACCAUUAAAAGAUAAGAAGCCAUAACACAUAUGCCUCAACACAAGAACAACAAUGGUGGAAACUGAGACUAAGAGUGACACAAACAAGAAACCAACAAUGGAGAAUAAUGAGAAAUAUGUCACACAAACACAACAACAACAUGAACAUGAUGAUGAUGAUCCGAAGAUUAACUAUAGAGGCUGGAAGGCCAUGCCCUUCAUCAUAGGAAAUGAAACCUUUGAGAAACUUGGAGCCAUUGGAACCUUAGCAAACCUGUUGGUGUAUCUAACAACAGUUUUCAACCUGAAGAACAUCACAGCCACAAACAUGAUCAACAUCUUCAACGGCAGCACCAACUUUGCAACCUUGAUUGGUGCCUUCUUCUCUGAUACUUACUUCGGUCGCUACAAAACACUUGGAUUCUGCACUACCACCUCCUUUUUGGGCUUGCUUGUGAUUCAACUAACAGCAGCAUUCAAGAAUCUUCAUCCACCAGAAUGUGGAAAUGAGAGUAGCACAUGCAAGGGUCCAACAGCGGGUCAAAUGGCGUUUCUUCUCUGCGGAUUCGGCCUUCUUCUGAUUGGUGCAGCCGGUGUUAGACCAUGUAACUUAGCAUUUGGUGCAGAUCAAUUCAAUCCAAACACUGAAUCAGGAAAAAAAGGCGUCAACAGCUUCUUCAAUUGGUACUUCUUCACCUUCACCUUUGCACAAAUGGUGUCCCUCACACUAAUUGUGUAUGUUCAAUCAAAUGUGAGUUGGGCCCUUGGUCUUGGAAUCCCUGCGGCUUUGAUGCUUCUUUCAGUUGUGGUCUUCUUCGUGGGUACCAAGAUUUAUGUGAAGGUUCAACCAAAUGGUAGCCCCAUAACUAGUAUUGUGCAAGUUUUAGUGGUUGCAAUCAAGAAAAGGAGACUCAAAAAACUACCUCAAAAAGAGUAUCCAAUGCUUUCACUCUUCAAUUAUGUCCCACCUAAGUCUUUGAACUCUAGACUUCCUUACACUCAUCAGUUCAGGGCAUUGGACAAAGCUGCAAUUAUGACCCCACAAGAUAAAAUAAACCCUGAUGGAUCUGCAGCUGAGCCAUGGAAGCUUUGCAGCAUGCAGCAAGUGGAAGAAGUGAAAUGCUUGAUGAGGGUGUUACCUAUUUGGUUCUCAGCAAUUUUGUACUAUUUAGUUAUUGUUCAGCAGCACACUAUUCUCGUGUUCCAAGCACUUCAAUCAGAUAGAAGAGUUGGCCACACCAACUUCAAGAUCCCAGCUGCAUCUUACUAUGUUUUCCUCAUGUUGUGUAUGACUCUCUGGUUGCCAAUCUAUGACCGGAUAUUAGUCCCUUUAAUGCGCCGAGUUACCGGAAAAGAAGCCGGCAUCACGCUCCUUCAGAGGAUGGGAAUCGGCAUAUUCCUCGCUAUACUUAGCAUGAUUGUGUCUGCUUUUGUUGAAGGACAUAGAAGAAGCCUAGCUCUAAGCAGUCCUAUAGGAAUGCAGCCCAGAAAAGGCGCGAUUUCAUCCAUGUCAGCACUUGUUUUGAUUCCUCAAUUGGCAUUAGCAGGGCUAUCUGAAUCGUUCACUGCUGUUGGACAAGUUGAAUUUUACUAUAAGCAGUUCCCUGAGAACAUGAGAAGCAUUGGACAAUCACUAUUCUAUUGUGGCAUGGCAGGGUCAAGUUACUUGAGCACUCUGUUGAUCUCAAUUGUUCAUAAAACCACGGCCAAAUCGGCCACUGGCAAUUGGUUGCCGGAGGAUCUUAACAAGGGCAGAUUGGACUACUUCUAUUUCAUGAUUGCAGCUCUAGAAGUCAUGAAUUUGGGGUACUUUUUGAUGUGUUCAAGAUGGUACAAAUACAAAGGAAAUAAUGAUAGUUAUAGUAAUAAUAGUAGCAUUGAACUUAAUGGAAUAACUAAAACUUCUGAAACAUCAAUUAAUGGUGUUUAAUUAUGACUCAAGUCAAUAAGACACUGUAAUAUUAUUGAUAUUGUACUAUUGGAUUAUCUUAAUACUUUGGUGCACUAUAGCGUUAUUAUAGUGUAGUGUA